CUUGAUCUUAUUAUGGGGUGACCGAGUCUACUUGGAUUCACCCUCACCCCCCUGUUUGGAAUUACUUUUAUCACAUUAAAUUUAGUACUGGAAUAGACUUCUUUAGUGUGACGUCAGUCCGCCAUUUUUGUUAAGUUGGUCAAGGUUUACUUUCCAAACAAAUUUUGUUACACAGUGUUUUUACUAGUAGCUUUGUUAUUUAGUGCCUUAUUUUUAAUUUUAACGGGUUUUUGUGCAUUCGUUCUUUAUUUGUGGACUAAGAUGGUGAUGUGUUUUGUUCCCGAUUGCAAGCACUACAGCGAAAAGCAUGCCUGUCGGUUUUUCACCUUUCCAAAAGAUGCCAAUGAAAAACGAAGGUGGAUAAAAUUAAUUAGGCGAGAUGAUAGAAACCCCACUUCUCACUCAUUAGUAUGUGGUUGCCAUUUUAAGGACGGUAACAGAAGCAAUGGACCUACAAUUUUUGAAAGGAAUAAGGGGAAGCUUUUUGAUGUACCUGAGGUUGAAGUUAGGCACAGAAAGAAACAGCAACCAAGAAGUGCUUCACCAGCAGUUGCUGGGCCAUCAUGGCUACCUGAUCCUGUACCAUUGGAAGAGCACCAACCUGAAGAACCUGCAAAAGAAGUGAUUGAAGAAAGCUCAACAUCUGCUCCUACAGUUCUGCCAGAAUUCUCAGCUAUGCUGGAAGCUCAAGUUUAUUUUCUAGAAAAAGAAAACAAAGAGCUAAAAGAAGCACUAGAGAAGUGUGCAGGCAAAUUAUCCUUUGCAGCAAUUGCAAAUACAGAUCAUUUAAUUUCUGUAUAUACCGGAAUCCCAACCAAAGAUAUUUAUUUGGCUCUAUAUUCUUUAAUGGAAAACCACGAGUUAAAUUAUUAUUAUAAGUGGAAUGUAGUAACAAUACCAAAAAUUGAUCAAUUGUUAAUUACUUUAAUGAAGUUGCGCUUAAAUUUACUGCUGGACGACCUCAGUGUUCGAUUUGGGGUUACAAAGGGGACUAUUUCCAACAUCGUAAAAACGUGGAUGUUUGCAUUACACGAAGUGCUAUUUAAACACUUUAUGGCAGAAGUUCCAACAACCUCAAAAAAUAAAUGCUGUUUGCCUAGCUCCUUUAACUCCUUCACUAACUGCAGGAUGAUUUUGGACUGUACAGAGAUGGCAUGUAUUCAUCCACAAAAUAUGGAGAAGCAGAGAGCAACAUACAGCAGCUACAAACAUAGAAAUACGUUGAAAGGGUUAAUAGGUGUAGCACCCAAUGGAGUCAUAACUUAUGCAAGUAAGCUGUAUCCUGGUUCAAUAUCAGACAAAAAAAUUGUGCAAGAUAGUGGAGUAUUGAAGGUAUUUCAACCUGGAGAUCUGAUUCUUGCAGACAAAGGGUUUUUAAUUGCAGAUCUUUUACCACAAGGAGUGCAUAUUAACACACCACCAUUUUUAUGUUCGGCACAGUUUACACCAGAACAGGUGAUUAUGACACGAACUAUAGCACGAGCUAGAAUUCACGUCGAAAGAGCCAUUAGUAGAAUAAAGUGCUUUAGAAUACUGAAUAUGAUUCCCCAAACACUUAUUCCACAUGCGUCCAUUAUUUUUCAAUUGUGUGCAGCAAUAACAAAUUUACAGUUUCCCUUAAUUAAAGAGGUUGGAGAAAUGUAUUUAGAAUAAGUUAUGGUAUUUUUAUUAAGGUGUUUAGUCAUUUUUAUGUUACUCUUAUAGAUUUUAGAAAUAGGUAUUUAGAUUUUAUGUUCCAUAUUAUAGCGAUAAUUUGUUAAUAAGAUAUUAGAUUGAAGGAAUAAUACAAUGAAUAUAUACAUAUAUAAUAA